AUGAUUCCUAAAUUAAGUCGAGAGAACACAAUCAGCAAUGCAAGUUGUCUUCCUAGACAUUUAAAUAUUUAGGGAUUCUAAAAGUUUAACAUAAAGUCUAAUUCUCCAAGAACUUUAUAAGCUUGUUAAGAAUUAGGUAUAGAUCCUAUAGUAUUGGAACUAAAGUAAGAAAAUAAAAUUAUACAAGAGAAGAAUCUGAUUUCAAAUAAAAUGAUUUAGAUGAGGAAAUAAUUUAACUUAGAUAUUAACAUUAUUUAAACAGAGCACAUUGUAAAUGAUGAAUAAUAAUUAAAAUAGAACUGUUCACUGAAAUUACUUAAAGAAGGAAAGAGAUAAUUUAGAGACAAAGAUAGAAACAAUUAAAUAAUAAUGCAUCAAUUGAAUCUCUAGAUAGAUCUAAAACAAUCAAGUUAUAGUAAUCAUUAGAUUAAUGGGAGUAAUUCUAUUCUUAAAAUAUAAGGGUUCGAAGAUAAAUAGAUUCAAUUUAUAAUAGAACAGUAUCCUUUUUACAUUAAAAGAGUGAAUCUCCAACAAAAGAUCAAUUCGUAGGAGAUGUGUAUGAUCUUAAUUAAUUAGAAGGGGGAAUUGAAAAAGAGAUUGAUAGAUACAAUAAACAAAAAAAAUAAAAAAUUGUAAAUACUUUUAUAUAUAUUUCUAAAUCUAGAGAGAAGCUUAACUUAAGUUGAAAGAGGAUGCAAAAAGAUUAUAAUUAAUAGAAAAAUGGAAACAAAAAGAUUCAUAAAUUUUAGAUUAAAUACUUCAAAAACAAUAUGCUAUUAAAUAAAAAAUAAAGGGUAGUGGAAGAAAAACUCCAUUGUAAAAAAUUCCAUAAUUUACAGAUCCUAAAUCAUUUAAAAGAGAUAGUGAUAUUAAAAUCGACAAGUAAAAUUAUUAAAUUUAAUUUAAGAGGAGAUACAUCAUUGUAAAAAACAAUGUAUAGAACUAGAAUAGAUGAUUCCAAAAUUAAAUAAAGAAGAGAAAUGGUUAUACAAAGAAAAGAAGAACUUGAAAAACUUGAGGAUAUUGAAUUACAAAAAGAUUUAGAGAAAUUACAAUUAAAAUUAAAUUAAAGUGAAAAAAUAUCAAAACAAUAAGCAUAAAUUAAAGUAGAAAGAAUUAAGGAACAAUAUUUAAGAGAAUAAUAAUUAAUUUAAUAAUAAAAAGAAAUCAAUGUUAUUUAAUCUCAAGAACAUUUAAGUGCAAUGAUUAGUAAAAUGAUUAAUAAAGAAUAAGAAUUUAGAGGACAACUUUAAUCUUAAUUGAUAUAAGAUUUAGAAAAAAAAUAACAAAUUAAAGAAAAAUAAAAAAAAAUUAAAUAGAAUCAAAAAGAUCUCUAUAAAGAUCAUGAGUAAUUACUUUUAUUAUCCUAGCAAAAAAUUAAAAUAAUUAAAUGAUAAAUUCAUAAAAAUUGAAGAAUAAAAUAAAUUAAGAAGAUAAGAAUUAGAACAUAAAAUACUAUUGAAAUAAGAACUAAGAAGAUUGAAAGAAUAAGAUAAAUUAGAUAAUUAUGAAAGAUAGAAAAGAUAAAAUGAUUAUAAAAUGAUGACUCUUUAUAUGAAAUCUAAAUUUAUUGAAGAAAAAAAUUAACUAAAAUAAUAUCAAAAUGUAUUAAUUGAAAUAUAAAAUCUAGGAAGUUAUUUAAAAAACUUCUAUGGAAAUAAACAAAUAAGAAAUUUAAGAACGCUAAAGAAUUUAUUCAUAACUUCAAGAAUUAAGUGAUAAUUUAUUGAACUAUAAAGUAAUCAUUAAAUUUAAUAUCUUUAGAGUGUUUCAUAACAUGAAUCAAGAUAGAAAUAAGAUUAAGCUAAAUAUAAAAGUGUUAAGUAUUUAUUCUAUUUAAUUAAUUCAUAGAUUGCUUAAAAGGUUUGCUAAGUUAGAGGAUCCUAAUAUUGAAGAAAAUACAAAAUUAUUAUUAAACAUGCUUUAACCUAAACCUGUAGAAAAUAUCAAUUCUAAUAGAAAAUUAAGUGUUCACAAAAAAUGA